AUGGCUAUUGCAAGGUGGAUGUAUGACAAUUGCAUUCCUUUUAAUGUAGUGAAUUCAGUGUACUACCAAAGGAUGAUUGAUGUUGUAGCUGCUACUGGUCUUGGUUACAAAGGUACAUCUUAUCAUGCUGUAUGGGUCUCUUUGUUGAGGGAUCAAAAGAAAGAGGUUCAGUUGGGAAUGGCAUUUGUAAAAUCAGUUGAUGCCUCAAAGAUUGUGAAAAGUACCAGAAACUUGUUUAACUUGUUUGAUGAAGUAGUUAUGUGGGUUGGUCCAAAAAACAUAGUUCACAUGGUUACUGAUAAUGCUUCCAAUUAUGUAUCUGCUGGUAAAUUGUUGUGUGAAAAGUAUAAAAAUAUUAGUUGGUCUCCUUGUGUAGCACAUUGCCUGAAUCUUGUGUUGCAGGAUAUGGGAGACAUGCCUCAUGUAGAUAGACUAAAAAAACGUGCAUCCAAACUUACAGUUUUUAUUUAUAAUCAUAUGGCUUUGAUUGCUUGGUUGAGGAAUAGACCUGGUUGGUCAGAUAUUGUACGUCCAAGAGCAACAAGAUUUGCUACUACUUUCCUUUCAUUUGGAAGCAUUCAUGUGCAUAAGCAUGACUUGCAAGCCUUAGUGACUAGCAAGUUCUUUGUGGACAGUAGAUUGGUAAGAGAGUCAAAGGCAAAAGAAGCAGUUUCUAUCAUUUUGGAUAAUUCUUUUUGGGAUGAUAUUAAUGUUCUUGUCAAGAUUUCAUCGCCACUCAUUCGUUUGUUACGGAUUAUUGAUUCUGAUCAAAGGUCUGCAAUAGGAUAUAUGUAUGAGGGCAUGCAUAGAACAUGGUUGGGAAUCAAGAAGAUCUUCCAAAUGAAGAAGCACUUGUACAAGCCAUACACCUGA